AUGGCUUUUGUUGCAGGUCCAAUAUCAAGUUCGUUUGUAAACCGAUGGGGAUGCCGACCAGUGACAAUAGCCGGUGCCAUUUUGGCGACAGUUUGUAUGAUAAUAUCGGUUUAUGCGCAAAACGUUAUCACUUUAUGCAUAACAAUCGGUAUCGGCACAGGGGUCGGAUUCGGCCUCAUUUAUUUACCGGCCAUCGUAAGUGUCACGACGUAUUUCGAGAAAAAGAGGUCGAUGGCAACGGGAAUCGCCGUCUGCGGGUCCGGACUGGGGACCUUUAUAUUCGCACCGUUCAUCACGAUACUCAAGGAGGAGUACGGCUGGAGAGGUUCGCUUCUCAUCAUCUCCAGUCUGGUGCUGAAUUGCGUAAUAUUUGGAGCCUUCUUCAGACCUCUGGAACCGGAAAAACUGGACGACGACAAAUCGGCGAUAACACUUAAAGCGUCCGCCGCUCACUCAGACAUACACAUCUCCGAGCACAAUUUAUACAAGCUAGACGUAAAAACGAACGGCGACGGUAGCCAGAUACACAGACCCAGAAGCAUGGGUCAUUUCUCGAUACCGCGAGGCACCAGACUCGAGCAGAACGGAAACAUUCCCGUAAUCAAGCAGGAAAGCGAUUUCGCACGGUUGGCUCUGAGUCAACCGAUGCUGACGCAAUCGGAAAGCAACUACUACCGAAACAAUAGCGCGAAGCAGCACUACGGAAGCCAAAACUUCCGCCGACACGGCCCCAUCGACCGGAUCGACGUCUUCUACCAGGGCAGUCUGAUGAACAUUCCCUCUUACAGGUCCAGACUGGACCUGAAGCACGGCGAGGACGAGCUGUUCGUGCAACGCAGGCCGUCCACGUACAGCUACCGCAGACGGGCCGCUGUGGAAGAAGAAGACGAGCCUGCGACCACCGUCUGCGGCUUCGUACCCUGCUCGCAGGAAACCAAGGACACCCUCAACGAGAUGCUCGAUUUUUCCUUAUUUCAGGACGUCAUUUUUAUUUUGUUCACGGUGAGCAACUUCCUGACCAGCGUCGGGUUCAACAUUCCUUAUGUGUACAUAGUGCCUCGCGCUAAAGUGUUGGGUCUCACCGAUAACGAGGGGGGUGCGUUGCUAUCUAUCAUCGGGGCGGCCAACACACUCGGCAGGAUUGUACUGGCUACCGCUCUUAGUGCCUUCUGUAACAGUUUCUAUACCCUGGCACUGUAUUGUUCAGUAUUCGGAUUUACAAUUGGCGCAUACGUUGGGCUUACGUCCGUUAUCCUCGUCGACUUAUUAGGACUUGAUAAACUGACGAACGCUUUUGGCCUUCUCUUACUCUUCCAAGGAAUCGCGUCUUUAUUAGGCCCACCGCUAGCAGGGAAUCUUUUCGACUACAGCAACUCGUACAAUCCUGGUUUUUACUUGGGCGGUAUUUCGAUAGCUUUAAGUGGAGUAAUCCUAUUUGCAAUUCCAUGGAUUCAAGCGGAGCAAAAAAAGCACAAGCAAAAGCAGGCUAUAGUGAACAUAUAGCAACCACUGUUGCCCAUUGUGGGUGACUUUAGAGACUACAGAACGGUUUAAUAAAUUUCGGUCUGCAAACUUAUAAAAAAAAAUAUAUAAAUGUUCCACUUUUAAGGCUAACUUAAUCUAACUGUUUUAUACCGUUUUUACUCUAUUAUAUAUAGAUGUUUUGUGUGAUUUAUCUUAUUUUAUCAUGGCACAUAUCGUAAUGCUCAUAGGCUAAUACAAAUAAGUUGAUGCAAUCCUACUAGAACUAACAUACGACGUCAUACUACGACCAUUCAUAAAUCAUAAAAAAUCACAAACACCAUUAUCAAUAAACCUCCUUGAUCUUUAAUCCAUUUGCAUUUUGUAUAAUAUAAUAAUUUCAUCAACCACAUAGAAAGUAAUCAUAAGAUGUUUGAACUUAAGUUUUAUACCUAAUAAUCAAGUCUGAAUUAUUUCAAGUCGCAAAAGGAACACCAUUCUUUUGUCUUAAACAGACUGACUAAUGACAGGGAAAGAUUUCACUUUUUACAACUUUAAACUUUAAUCCAUAUCUUAGUUUGUAUAUAUUUAUGUAUUUAAUACAUCUAUGAAAGAUUUUAUAUCUAUGAAUGUUUUUUAACAGAUACUUAAUAAAUGUAUCUAUUUUAUUUUUAGUAAAUAGUCUAAGAUGGCUAAGAUGCACUGAUGCAUGAUUUAAAUAAAAUAUCACCUAAGGAUAAAAAAGUCAAGUAGAUAACAAAAUUUGUUAUCUACUUUGGCUUUUUAUUAGUUACUUAAUGUAAAUGAUUGAACACAUUGAAACCAAUGCCUUAAUAAGUGCAAUAUUAAAAAUUUGAUAUAAUGUAUAAAAUAGAAAACUUAUAUAACCUAUAAGAAAAUCUUUGAGUUCGUCCCUUAUAACAGAAGAAGGUAACAAAAAAUCUGGAAAAAUUGUUCUGCAUUUAAGCUUAAGUUUGAAAUAGAAAAUACAUUUAUUAUUUGACAACAAAUACAUUUACUUUUUGGUAACAAGUACUAGGUACUUUAAUAAUUAUUACACUAUGAUAGUUUUACAAACUUAAGUACACCAGCUUAGUUUAACUAAUUUUGGGCCGCUGAUUUCAAAAAUGUCAUUAAUUUUUUUCUAGGACGUCUAGGAUUUAAAAUAAUUUCGUAAUAAAAUGCUCUGCUCAAUUACCUCAAAAUGUAAGUUUUUUUGUUAGUAUUUUAAUUAUUUAUUAAAUUAUUUUGGCUUAAAUUUAUCUUGAAUGUACUAAAGUAAUUGGUAUACGGUAAAUACAUAAUAUUUAUCUUAACAAUAUGACAUUUUAAAUACUAAAACUAAAAUUUUAAUGUAUUUUAUGUAAAAAAAGAACCAUUAUUUGACAUUUUAUUUAAAUUAUUAUAUUGAAAGGACAAGUUUCAGUAUUUUUUAUCCAAAUUAAGCCCCUUAAAAUUUAAUGCAUUGCAUAAUUUUGCUUUUUUCUACCAUAAAUUUAUUAAAUCGUAUCAAGUAUCAAAUUGGAUUAUGGUAUUAUUGUGCUUAAUCCUAUAGGAUUAUAAUCACCAAUGCUCUAGAUUUGCAGUUACUUGGUGAAUUCGUUCUCCAUGUUCAUCAGUUCGGCAAAUUUAUCAGGAUGAAAAAAAAAGUAUUUUAAAUGACAUCUUAACGCCAAUUCUUUGCAAAACGGAAAACAUUUUUUCAAUGAAUUGGCGGCAAUUUUAGGCCCGAUAUGAACCAAGAACAUUUUCAAUGACAGCUUUAACACUGCCAUAUGCGACAAGCUUGUCAACUUUGAGAACAUUUUGAAUGCUUGAUCUUUCAUUAAACGUCGUAUAUCAGGUCCAUUUACUAUUCCUGCAAAAUUAAAGUAGUAGGUAUAUCUCAUAAAAUUUUGUAAUGAAAUAUUGCGUUGGUUUUUCUUGGGCGUAAAGGUACCGCAACAAAAACAAAACAAAUUUACAACGACGAUAUAAAUGUUCGUCUCCUUUCUCUUUCUCUGUCACUUCCAUUACCACUUCCAUUUCCUUCUCUUUUUUCAUUUUUGGUUCUUAAAAUCACUUUCAAGUAAAAAUACAAUUUAAAGUUUAAAUUUUAAAUGUCAAUAAUUAAUAGAUGCACUUUAGUGUGCUUGAACGGUAAAGUAGAUAAAGGCGCCUUUAUUCUUCAAUUCGAUAUUAAAUUUUGAUAAGACUUAAUAAAUAAGAAUCGAGAUUAAAUUCUUGGGUACUUUAGGCAUGAUGUGAAUAAAAACAUAUCAAAUAAUAGUCGAAGAGUAAUGCUUAUACCGAAACCCAUUUACUGUGUUGCCUUUUCAAUUUAAUUAGUACUUAAAAAAAACGACACAAAAAUAUCAAAAAAUGAUACUUUUUACCAAAAAAAAAACAUUUUAAUUUUAGUUUUGGUAUUUAAUAAAGAAAAGUGCUUUAUAAAAUAUCCCUUAUAUAAUACUACUAUAGUAUAUGGCUACAAUGAAACAAACAAAAUUUCUAUUUGACAUUUAUCUACCAAUGACUUUGUAUGGACUCCCUGUAUAUUUUUGACAAAAAACGUCAAAAAUAUACUGAACAUCCAAUAUAGUUUUAAGGCAAAAUAAUUUAAUAAAUAAUCAAAAUAUUAACAAAAAAACUUACAUUUUGAGAUAAUUGGGCAGAGCAGUUUAUUACGGAAUUAUUUCGAAUCCUAGACGUCCUGGAGCAAAACGAGUGGCAUUUUUGAAAUCAGCAGCCCAAAAUUAGGUAAUAUAGGGGGCGUACUCAAUGUUAGUAAAUCGAACUAUCAUAGUGUAAUUAUUAUAAUUAACUACAAAAAUUAAAGCUCUGCGAUGUUGAAGAUGUAAAUAAUGAUAGGUUUAAACCCUUAUUUUUAGAGAUUUUUCUGGAAAAAAACAUUUAAACACCUCAGGGUAAUAGAGUCGCUUAGAAACACGUUAAUACAAACGAAUCUUUUAAUUUUUAGGAUUUUUUCCAAAACCGCUAAGUAAAUGUCAUAUGUAUAUCGUAAAGAGUCGUUGUCAAGAAAAUAGCAAAACUCGAAUGAAAAGUGACAUUUUUGUUUGAAGUGCCAGGUCUGUAUAAAAAGAUAUUGACAGCUACGUCAGAUUAGUAAAAAGGUUUAACCGCUGUACGGUUUUCAGAUAUCAGAUAAAAUUUCAAAAAAAACUGGCUUUAAAUUCUGGAAAAACAAACUUUGUGUUCAUCUUAGAAAAAGCAUUGGGUUUCACUCGUAUGAAAAUGUCGCUUUUCAACACGUAAAACAAAUAACUACUAAUUUUGAUACCUUCAUCGAGUUUAGGGGAUGAUCUUGAAGAUUGUCAACCAUAAUAGCUUUAUUAUUUAACGCAGUCCAAAAAUUUGAAUAACUGUUGCAUGUAUGUUUUCUUUUGUCUUCCAUUUCAUACAUAGCAUAUCUGAGCAAUAACCACUAAAUUCCUUGUGACACAUUUUUGUAAAUAUUAAGAUCCAUUGUAAAUAAAAUUUAUAUUCUUGAUAUAAUCUAUUAAUAUAACGACUGAUUAUAGUUAUGGAUGCUGCUAGGUACUUUUAGAUUUUUUAUUGUAUAAAUUAUUUAUUUUUAAAUAAUUGUGAUCAAAUUGAUUAUCUUUAGUAUUUUAUGUUAAAUAUAUUAUUAAUAAGUU